CUCAGUCGCAAUGGUCAAGACGGAUCUCUAUCAGCAUGAAGAUGCACGUGUACCAACUUGUUGGUCGGGCUGCUCCUUCCGUUAAGAACCCCAAGCGUAAGAUCUUCCGUAUGAAGAUGUUUGCUCGUAACUCUGUUGUUGCCAAGUCCAAGUUCUGGUAUUAUAUGAAGCGUAUUACCAAGGCUAAGUUGACAGGAGGUGAGAUGCUUGGUAUCACUGAGUGCUUUGAGAAGCAUCCUACUACCGUUAACAACUACGGUAUCUGGCUUCGUUAUGACUCUCGUUCUGGCACUCAUAACAUGUAUAAGGAGUACCGUGAUACCACUCUUACUGGUGCCGUUGGUCAGAUGUAUCAGGAGAUGGCUGGUCGUCAUCGUGCUCUUGCUUCUAAUGUGCAGAUCAUUAAGACUGCUACUUUGAAGAAUGAUGAGUGCCGUCGCUCCCACAUCACUCAGUAUCACUCUGGUGCUAAGUUCCCUCUACCUCGUCGUAUCCCUCGUACUUCCCUUAAGUAUAAGAAGACCUUCCGUGCUGGCAACAGACCCAGUGUCUUCGCUCAGUAAACCAUUACUACCCCUAUCGACUAUGGAAUAUUGACAACGACGCUGGCAUUGACGUCUUAGGAGGAAGUAGGCUCUUACUAAUAGUUGGCCUUGCAAAUGACAAUCCAACCUGCCAAA